GUCUUCGUCUACGGCACUUUAAAACGCGGCUUCUACAACUACGACGCCGUGCUCGCGCGGCAGCCCGACGCGGCCUUCGUCGCCGAGGGCGUGACGACGGAGCGCUUCCCGCUCUUCGUCGACCAUUACAAGAUCCCGUACCUCGUGCACCGCGCGGGCGAGGGCCGCCGCGUCUCCGGAGAGCUCUUCGCCGUCGGCCCCGAGGGCCUGGCCGCGCUCGACGCGUUGGAGGGCGUCGACGAGGGCCGCUACGCGCGGCGCGAGGUCGAUGUUGAUGUCGGCGAA